AUGUCUGCCCACGACCAUCACAAGUCCUCAAUUGAGGGCCACACCAUGGAAAAGUCAGCGUCCCCCAACUUCGACCAUGUCGAAAAGUCUCACGGCACCGUUGUCGAGUUUGACGACUCCAUUGAAGAUACCAAGCCAUCCAAAUCAGUUUGGCUUAUUACCUUUACCGUCGCCAUGGGCGGCUUUUUGUUUGGUUACGAUACUGGUGUCAUCUCAGCUGUUCUAGUAACACUCGGGGACGACCUCGGUCACGAACUUAGUUCCCAUGAACAAGAACUCAUCACUUCAAUCACUUCUGGCGGCGCUCUCAUUGGCGCUCUGAUGGCUGGUCUUCCAGCUGAUAAAUACGGCCGCAAGCUUGGAAUCUACAUUGGUUGCUUUCUCUUUCUCGUCGGCUCUGUUGUCCAGGCCGCUGCAUUCAAUCUUGCUGCCAUGACUGCUGGACGUCUUAUCGUUGGAUUUGGAGUCGGCUCAGCUGCAAUGAUCAUUCCUCUCUACAUAGGAGAACUUGCCCCGGCUAAGUAUCGUGGUCGUAUGAUUGCCUUCGACAAUCUCAGCGUUACACUCGGACAGCUGGUUUCCUACGGUCUUGGAGCCGCUUUCACUGAUGUCCCUCAUGGCUGGAGAUACAUGAUCGCCAUUGGCGGCAUUCCUCCUAUCAUCCUCGCUUUUCUUCUCCCCAAGUGCCCAGAAUCGCCUCGACAGCUUAUUGCACACGGAAAGAGAGACGAGGCUGAGAAGUGCCUGCGACGAGUAUACCCCGCUGCGACUGAGGAGCAGCUCAAGUCUAAGCUUGAUCACCUUGUGUGGACUAUUGAGGUCGAGUCUUCGGUUGUGGCCGGAAAGUCUCUCUGGUGGCAGUUUAAGCAACUUCACUGUGUGCCCUCCAACCUUCGGGCGCUUGUUACCGCUUGCACCGUCAUGGCCAUCUCUCAGCUCGGUGGUUUCAACACUCUUAUGUACUAUUCUGCGACCUUGUUCUCCCUCGUCGGUUUCAACAAGCCCACUGCUGUUGCCAUCGUUGUUGGUGCCACUAACUUCCUCUUCACAUUUGUCAAUUUGGUUGUUAUAGACAAAGCCGGCCGCCGCAUCAUUCUGAUAGUUACUGUGCUGGGCAUGUCUGUUAGCAUGGUCAUCGCCUCCAUCGCGUUCCACUGGAUUCCCAUUUCGAAAGACCUUGUCCUCCAAGCCGAUUCCGUCAACUGGGCUGGUAUCGUCGUGCUUGUCACCAUAAUCUUCUACGUCGCCUUCUUCGCUAGUGGUGUCGCCACGAUCGGGUGGGUGGGAACUGAACUUCUACCAUUGGAAGUUCGCGCACUUGGCACUAUGAUGAACACAGUCACAUGCUGGGGCUGCAACAUCAUUAUUGCCUCUACUUUCCUUUCUAUGAUGAAGAGUAUGACACCCAGUGGCGCUUUCGGCUUCUAUGCUGGAAUCUGCUUCUUUGGCUGGAUCUUUAUCAUCUUCUUUUACCCCGAGGUCAAGAAUCUUCCGCUUGAAGAAGUCAGGAAGGUCUUCGAAAAUGGCUUUGAUGUCAAGCUGGCCAAGCAGAUGCAGCGCGAUCUCAAGACCAACAGCCAAGCUUCUAUGGUGUCCAAGGCCUAG